AUGUUUUCCACCAUUCUGGACGACGACAUGUCCUCGAAAUGCGCCAUUGUGGUAGGCUCUGGCCUCGCAGGUCUCAGUGCUGCGUCACAGCUAGUGAAACACAACGUCCCAGUUCGCGUUCUCGAACGUGCUGCAAAGCCAGGAGGGAAUAGCAUCAAAGCAUCGUCCGGUAUCAAUGGCGCACCAACCAAUUUCCAACUGUUUGCAGAGCCAGGAGAUGCGUUCUACUCAGAUACUGUAUUGUCAGCUGGAAAGCGAAUGUCGAGCUUUACUACUGAGCGAGAAAAUCUCAUCAAGACUUUAACGGAAGGCUCUGCGGGGGCUGUCCAUUGGCUGGUAGAAGAGAGAGGAGUCGACCUCAGCAAAGUUGCGCAACUGGGUGGCCAUUCAUAUGCAAGGACACAUCGGGGAGCUGGACCGCCACCAGGGUUUGCAAUCAUCAGCGCGCUGAUGAAGAGCCUCAAAAAAUCCCCCCUCUUUCAUUUGCAGACGUCGUGCACGGUAACGAAAGUGCUGCAAGAAAAGAAACGCGUGAUAGGAGUGGAGUACAUCGAUCCGAAUGGAAACUACGAAGAACUGCACGGCCCUGUGAUCUUUGCGUCAGGAGGUUUUGGUGGCGACGCGAAAGGCCUUCUUGCCCAAUACCGUCCAGAUCUCGCGGGUUACCCGUCAACAAACGACCCUCGACCCGGCACCCAGCCACUUCUCACCGAGGCUGGAGCUCAGCUGAUCGAUAUGGAUUCCGUGCAAGUGCACCCAACUGGAUUCGUGGACCCAGCGGAUCCGACCUCGCCGCUCAAGUUUCUGGCUGCAGAGGUGCUCAGAGGUGAAGGCGGCAUACUGUUGCUGAACGGCAAGCGUUUCAUCAAUGAGUUGAAUACGAGAGAGAACGUAGCGAACGCGAUCACUUCAACGUCAUCCACGUCUGAAUUACCGCGCCAAUGGGAGGUGCAACUUGUUCUGGACGAAGCCACGUACAAUGCUGCGAAGUCUCACGUCGACUUCUACCUAUUCAAAGGUCUCAUGCGGAAGACAACAAUAUCCGAGUUGAGCGUCGAAGCUUUGGAAACCUUCAAGAGCUACGCCAUCACCAUUUCGGACAACACUGAAGACCCUCUCGGUCGAAAAUUCUUCGGAAACUGGGCACUAAAAGAACCUACCCCAGAGUCAGUCGUCUACGUUGGCACAGUCACUCCUAUCAUUCACUACACUAUGGGCGGUGUACUCAUCAAUGAAAAGAGUGAGGCUCUGACAAAAGACAGCAAACGCAUCGAGGGGGUGUGGAGCGCAGGCGAGAUCACUGGAGGGAUACAUGGCGGUAACAGGUUGGGGGGUUCGUCCCUGCUUGAAUGCGUCGUAUUCGGAAGGAUCGCUGGAGAUCAGUGCGCACAGUAUCUCAACACCGGCAAAUGA